GCAAUCUUGACCAGAGCAAAGCAGAUGUGGAGCCGAGUCUGAUGUAAUGUGUCGGCUAUCUGCCUAGGAGCCCGGGGAUUCAGAAGGGCAAGGGAAAUUGGCCUAAGCGGACAUCAGGGCUAUGGCCGACCUUUGUAACGAGACCUUCAAGUCCUUUGCUGACGAGGUACAGAGAUCUGGUUCAUUCAGCUUUUCUGAAAGACUGCAACCCUGGCCCCAUGCCUCUGGGAGCAAACCUGAGAGUGGAAAGCCCACUACAUACUUGGAAUAUCGAGACAAGCAAUCUGAGCUUUCGGAGUACAAAAAUUAUGAAGAGAAGUUCAGUAGAAAAUGGAUCAACUACCUCAAGGGCAAAGAAACUAACUCUGAACAGUACCAACCAGACACUAAACUUCAAACAGAAAUCACUCGGGCAUCUGAGGGAGAAUUGAAUGCCCUGCAGUCUUUUUGCACCAUUAAGAUAAACCUGAUCCAUCGUAGAGCGAACUCUAAGGAGAAAAACAGCAGCAGACAGAAAAAGCUGCGGUUUAGGUUGGAUGCAGAGCCUUCAGAGAGAGAUGUCUUAAACUGUACUGUCCCUGAUGAGCUUUUGAACAGAGUCUAUUUAAAAAACAUGAGGACAAUAGCAAAACAGGUGGCGACAGCUAAGCAACACAUUUCUUCUCAGUGUCCUAGUUGUAACAGAAAAAGAGCAGAACUGGCUCAAUCUGCCUUCCUGAAACGAAACAAAACUUUACUGGAGUCACUUCUACUCCAAGAGAAGAUAGAUGAACAUCUUCAUACUAAAGACUUUCUGACCCUUAUUGGAGAACUGCAUCAAGGCCUUCCCAGGCUGUCAGAUGACCCCAGAAAGAUCUGGAAAAGACUGAGUGAGAAAAGUCAGAUUGGAUACUCAGUUUUUGAAAGGUCAGAUAGAGAGCAAGAGAUGUAGCAAAGUGGAGAUAACGUUUGUCUCACUUUUUCGCUACCGCUUCUCAAACUACUGACUCUAACCAAACUGGAGAUGGUAUUUAUUCAUGAUAAUGUGUAAUAUGGAUAGCUGUUUCUGUUGUGUAUUUGAAUAAUUAUCAUCAUUUCUACAGGCACUUUGGAAACUAACAAGACUUUACUAUGCUUCCUUCACAGAUUUGAGGACUAAAAACUUUCCAUCCAAUAUAUUUUUCGGAUUUGAGGGGGCAAGAUUGUACUUGGAAUAGUGACAAAGUUUUUAUAACAAUCCAGGAGAGAGAUGAUGGUAGUUUGGACUAGGGUUUUGACAGUAUAGACAGAAGUAAGAGAUACUUAGUAAGAAAUAAUUGACAGUCUUUGGUGAAGAAAUAGAUAGGGGGAUUUAAUAAAAGGUAAAUUUUAAGAACGUUACUAAGUGCCCUUGGAUGAAUGAUGAUUUCAUUAAGGUAGGAACAUUGGAAGAGAAUCAUCUUUGAUAGGAGUGAUUAAGCGGGGGGUUAUUUGGACACGGUUAGCUUGAGGUAUAUUUGAGACAUCCACAUUGAGAGGUUAAGGAAACAUUUGGUUAUUUGUGCUUGCAGUCUAGAGGAAUUUCUAGCCUAGAGAUUUGAAAUAAAAGGGUGAGGGUCAGGAAUCAUUGGCAUCUAGCUGGAAAUUGAGGUCAUAGAUGUGGUGAGCUCUUCUGGAAGGGAGUAUAGUGAGAAGAGGGGAAGGGCUAUGACUAACUCCUGAGAAAUUCAAUGGCUGGAUAGAGGAGAAUAAGCCAGCAAAGGAUGUUGAGAAGAAAUUAUCACAGAAGGAUAAAGGAAACAAGGAAUGUUUAGUGUCAUAGAGCCCAAGGAAAGAGACUAUUUCAAGGAGGAUGGGUUAUCUAAGCAUGAAAAUGCAGCAGAAAGUUCACAUGAAGUGACUUAGUCAUGUGUCCGCCUCUGUUGACGUGAGCAACAACCACUUCACUUACAGAAAGUGGGCAUGUAAAGUGGAUUGAGGAAUAAAUGUAAGGGAAGGAAAUGAAGAAUAUUAUUAUAGGCUAUUACUUUGAAAGUUUAGCUGUGGAGACGGGAAGCUGGAAAUAGAUGUAGAAUUAAGAGAAGAAUGCUUGGACAAAUUAUGUAAAAAGCCAUUUUGGUCAUAAAGAUUUUAUGAAACGUCUCUUGUUCAUCUUACUUUCCAUUCUGAUGAAACAAUAUUAUCCCCGGAAGAAUACCAUGGUAUUUGGAAAUACAUUUAUUGGGAAAAAUGUCAGGUGGCAUUCUGAGAAAUUAUAUUUAUUUUUACUUUCUCUAUAAAAAUGUAAAUCCUAGAAUAAGUGACAGUACGUAGAGGUCAUUUUUCUACUUGUAUAAUACCUAAGCUAUCACAAUCAAAAAGGCAUUUGUUUGUAAAACUCACUACAAAACAGUCACUGUAUCUAUUCCAGUAUUACUCUGAGUUUAGACCUUUAUUUAUGUGUAAAAAUACUCUUUUUUUCCUGUAAAAUUUAGCAUAUAUCCCCUUAGUAAGUCAUUUCUAAAUGAAAUGGAAAACAAAUCAUUAUCAUUUUCAUAGUAACUCUUUAUUUGAAAUCUGCAUUACAUCAUGCUUUAUCUUUGGCAUCUCAAUAUAUUCACAUUUCACAUAAUCAAAAUUCUGAAUAAUUUCCCAUUUAGAAUUUUCCCAUUAAAGGUCAAAAUCCACUUCUUUAGUCAACUAAGCUAGAACUCUUAGAGUCAUCUUUUGUUCCUCCUUUUUUUAUUAACUCAAUCCCCAAGCUAAUUAUUUUUCUGUAAGACCCUUAGAUCAUUCUUCAGUAUCUUCUAGCCCUGACUUCUCAUUUCCAUCUUAUUACUACUUUCCUCAUCAUCUCAGCCCUCCUACUCCUAAUUUCUCUCCUUCUGAGUCCGUUCUCCAUACAGUUGUCAGAAUUAUUUUUCUAACAUGCAAAUCUGUUCAAGUAAUUCCCUUGAUUUAAAAAAAAAAACAAACCAAAAAACCCUAAAUGGUUUGUCAGUGCUAUGGAAAUAGUUCAAAUUAAUUAAUGCCACAUAGAGGUUCUUUAAUAUCUCGCCUAAAUUUACCUGUUUAAGCUCAUCUCCUGGUCUCUCCCCUCUGUAUUUAAGCCUGUCUAGAAGAAUUGCAAUUCCCUGAGCCCUCUUGUUCUUUGUGCCACUAUGGUUUACGAGUACACGUUUGUUUUGUUGAAAUUCUCUUAAU